AAGAAAAACAAGAAACAAAUGGAAAUGAAGCUCACAACUCUUUGAAUGAGAGUUUUGGUGAACACCUUCUCCCAUAUUUUCUUCACUUCUUUAUUUGGCCGUUUUGAUUUCUUAAUCUUUGUUAUUCAUCUUACCCAUUUGUUCUCUUCUAUUCUUUGUUGCUUUUUACCAACCAAACCUCUCAAAUCUGCAAUUUUUUAAUGUGAAGAUCCCAUAAAAGCGCCUUGAAGCUUUAACUUCUGGCUUAUUCCAAGCUUCUGUUCCUUCUUCCUUUCUUUUGUUGUUUCUCUCCAUCUGGGUAUCUCUGAAAUUCAGAAUUAGAUUGCUGAUGUGUUCUCUCCUGCCUCUUGAUGCCCGCCUUCUUCACCAGGUUUUCUAGCAGCUUCAAAGGAUUUCUAUGUGAUACACAGUCAUUGCUAUAGACUUGCAAUAAUCCAACUUGAAGAGAUAGAGAGAGACCUAUUUGAUUCUUUCUGCAUUCAAUAAUUAUAAUCAGUUAAUGCCCAUUGGACAUGCGACACUUGGUGAUAACACACUCAGAUUGUUUUUGGUUCAAAAAUCAUUUAUCCAUAACUUCCAUUGGUUUAUAAGAAUACACUUUAGUUAGGUUGUAUAGAUCCAUCUGCUACUUCAUAUAACAAAUCAAAACUCUACAAGCUUAAAGGUAGCAGUGGCAAGUCCAGUUUAUCACUUCAGAUAUUCAGUUCAAAUAUAGAGCUAACUCUUACUCCUUUGAGAGUAACAACCAACGAAACCUCUCUGACAGUUUGACCCUCCUACAGAAGAAUUUCCUAAAUCACAAAUGGAGUUCCUCUGCCCAGCUAAGUCUGCCAUUCCAGGAACUAUUUUCUACACUCAAGGUGGCUCCUCUUACCAGAUUGUGACUACCUCAAGUGCUUUAGUUAGCACACAAAACUCAGUUAACUCUUUCACAGCCAUGAGACAUCCUGUUGCCUAUCAAUCUUAUUGUUUGUCAGGAUACUUGGAUGAUCAGAACCCAGAUAAUGGAACACUAGACUAUGAUGAUGAUGAGGUUAGGUUAAAGCUUCAAGAACUGGAGAAUGCACUCCUUAAUGAUAAUGAUGAUGAUGAUGAUGUGUUUGGUAUGGACCAAAACAUGGAUAUUGAUGGUGAAUGGACCGACCCCAUAAAGGAUUUAUUAUUCAUCAAUUCACCAAAGGAAUCUUCAUCCUCAGACUCUAAUCUCAGUGGCACUAGCAGCAAUAAGAAGGUGCCAGAGAUGCCCAUGAUACCUCCUAUCUGCCCCCCACACUCUUCUAGAACCCCAACGCCUAAGCAGUUGCUUUUUGAUUGUGCUGUUGCAAUUUCAGAAGGCAACAUGGAGGAAGCAUCAGCCAUGAUAACUGAACUUCGUCGGGUGGUCUCAAUCCAAGGAGAUCCUUCCCAGAGGAUAGCAGCAUAUAUGGUAGAAGGCCUUGCAGCACGUAUGGCUGCAUCAGGAAAAGGACUCUAUAAGGCUCUAAAAUGCAAGGAGCCACCCUCCUCUGACCGGUUAUCAGCCAUGCAAGUCCUCUUUGAAGUUUGCCCUUAUUUCAAGUUUGGAGUGAUGGCAGCAAAUACUGCAAUAGCAGAAGCAAUCAAGGAUGAAAGAAGGGUCCAUAUUAUUGACUUCGACAUAAACCAAGGGACCCAGUACAUACAGCUGCUACAAGCUCUUGCAAUUCAACCAAGCAAACCACAAAACAUUAAGAUAACAGUGGUUGAUGACCCAGAGUCUGUGCAACGUGCAGUUGGUGGCUUGAAGGUCAUUGGACAAAGACUUGAGAAUCUUGCAGAGGCAGUCAAAUUACCUUUUGAAUUCCGAGCAUUAGCAGCAAAAACUGCAGAUGUUACCCCAUCUAAGCUGGAUUGCCAACCUGGUGAAGCUGUCAUUGUCAACUUUUCCUUUCAGCUCCACCACAUGCCUGAUGAGAGUGUCUCAACAGUAAACCAGAGGGAUCAGCUCCUCCGUAUGGUCAAGAGUUUAAAUCCAAAGCUAGUAACAGUGAUCGAGCAAGACAUGAAUGCUAAUACUGCCCCUUUCUUUCCAAGGUUUAUUGAGGCAUACAACUACUACACAGCUGUGUUUAACUCACUUGAUGCAACACUGCCAAGGGAGAGCCCAGAUAGAAUGAAUGUUGAAAGGCAGUGUCUAGCACGAGAUAUAGUCAACAUUGUGGCAUGUGAAGGCGAAGAUAGGAUUGAAAGGUAUGAGGUUGCAGGGAAAUGGAGGGCCAGGAUGAUGAUGGCUGGAUUCACAUCAUGUCCCCUAAGUGCAUAUGUCAAUGAGACAGUCCAGAAACUUCUAAAGCAAUACUGUGAUAGGUACACAGUGAAGAAAGAGGAAGGAGCACUCCACUUUGGAUGGGAGGACAAAAUGUUGAUAGUUUCUUCUGCAUGGAGAUGACCAGGUUUUGUUUAAUUUUAGGUAUUUGUUGCAAUGUGUAUCUUAUCCACUUCCUAUCAUCAUAUUACAUUAGUGUAUAUGUAUAUAAUGCAGGUGUAAGCACAUUCAGAUCACAUCUAAGCUGAGUUAGGAGAAUAGAUAUUUUCAACCUCCCCCCCCCUCUCCAAACCUCAUUUUCUGUACUUAAAUUGUAGAGAACUGGAGAUGCCUAACUAAUUAUACUUCAUGACACACAUGAAAAUAAUAUUAUAUUACCAUAUC